UCCCUCCCUCGGUGUGUGAGUCCGUCUGGCAAGGUUUGGCGCAUCAGCGGAGAACAGGAGAGAGAGAGAGGACGUGAUUUGGAGCUGCGGUUCUUUCCCUAGAUUCUGCGAGCGGUGGCCUCCCGCUUUAGGACGCACGACUCCUUUUGGAAUUGUACACUCUCUUUGCUGCUAACUUCCUUGCCUAUUCCACACCGGCCUUAUCCACCCGGCAAACCGCACUAUUCUGAACACCCAUUCCAUUGAUAGCGGUCCAUUAAGCGCAGCAAGAGCAGAACAGCGAAGAUGUCUGGGCAAGGCUAUCAGGGCAAGAAGAACAUUCCCCGCAUUACAAGUGACCGUCUCCUGAUCAAAGGGGCGAUAAUCGUGAACGAUGACCAGUCCUUCUGUGCUGACAUCUACAUGGAGGAUGGUCAUAUCAAACAAAUUGGCGAGAACUUGAUAGUGCCCGGUGGGGUGAAGACCAUCGAUGCCCACGGGCGCAUGUUGAUGCCAGGGGGCAUUGAUGUGCACACACGCUUCCAGAUGCCCGAUCGGGGCAUGACCUCGGUGGACGACUUCUACCAGGGCACCCGCGCCGCUCUGGCAGGGGGCACUACCAUGAUCAUUGACCACGUGGUUCCGGAACCCGGGGUCAGUUUGCUGUCUGCCUUUGAGCAGUGGCGUGAGUGGGCGGACAGCAAGUCGUGCUGUGACUACUCUCUACAUGUGGACAUCACUGAGUGGCACAAGGGAGUCCAGGAGGAGAUGGAGGCCCUUGUCAAGGACCACGGUGUCAACUCUUUCCUUGUCUAUCUGGCUUAUAAGGGUGUUUUCCAGCUUGCUGACUCUCAGGUCUAUGAGGUGUUCAGUGUGAUCCGGGACCUGGGGGCCAUCGCUCAGGUCCAUGCUGAGAAUGGAGACAUUGUGGCUGAGGAGCAGCGUCGUAUCCUGGAGCAGGGCAUCACUGGACCUGAGGGACACGUCUUGAGCCGUCCUGAAGAGGUGGAGGCAGAGGCUGUUAAUCGUUCGGUGACAGUAGCCAAUCAGACCAACUGUCCCCUCUACGUCACUAAGGUGAUGAGCAAGAGUGCUGCUGAUGUCAUCGCUCAGGCCAGGAAGAAGGGCACGGUGGUGUACGGGGAGCCAAUCACUGCCAGCCUGGGCACAGACGGCUCACACUAUUGGAGCAAGAACUGGGCCAAGGCCGCCGCCUUCAUCACGUCCCCGCCCCUCAGCCCAGACCCGACCACGCCCGACUAUCUCAGCUCCCUGCUCUCCUGUGGAGACCUUCAGGUGACUGGCAGUGCCCACUGCACCUUCAACACUGCCCAGCGCGCCGUGGGCAAAGACGACUUCACCCUCAUCCCCGAGGGUACCAACGGCACUGAGGAGAGAAUGUCCCUCAUCUGGGACAAGUGUGUGGUGACAGGCAAAAUGGAUGAGAACCAGUUUGUGGCGGUCACCAGCACCAACGCUGCUAAGAUCUUCAACCUGUACCCCCGUAAGGGCCGCAUCGCUGUGGGCUCUGACGCCGACCUGGUCCUCUGGGACCCAGACGUCACCAAGAUCAUCUCAGCCAAGAGCCACAACUCGAAUGUGGAGUACAACAUCUUUGAGGGUGUGGAGGUGCGUGGCGCCCCCCUGGUAGUGAUCAGCCAGGGUAAGAUCGUCCUGGAGGAGGGGAACCUCCACACCACCGAGGGGUGCGGCCGCUUCGUGGGCCGGAAGCCCUUCUCGGACUACGUCUACAAGAGGAUAAAGGCCCGCAGCAGGCUGGCUGAGCUAAGGGGUGUUCCCCGGGGGCUGUAUGACGGGCCUGUCUGUGAGGUGUCAGUCACACCCAAAACUAUGACUCCUGCCUCCUCUGCCAAGAACUCUCCAGCCAAGCAGGCAGUAGCCGGGGCCCAGCCUGUCCGCAACCUGCACCAGUCAGGGUUCAGCCUAUCUGGUGCUCAAGUUGAUGACAACCUUCCUCGGCGUAACACCCAGCGCAUUGUGGAGCCACCUGGUGGCAGGGCCAACAUCACCAGCCUGGGUUAACCCCUCCCAUUGGCCACCAGGGGAAACGAGGGCUUGUGGAGAGGGGCAUCAGGGACUAGGGGCCAUUCCACCAGGAGCCAAACCAAUUCUCCCCUCCUCAAUCUCUUUCCCCCGUCUGCCGCUCCGUACAUCUCUCCCCCGACACCCCACUAUAAAGGAGACGCCUAUAAAAAAAGAUUUGCCUCAUUGGAAGAAAAAAAAGAGACGAAAACAACAGCCCAUAUUUGAGCACUUUUGACUGUAUUAUUUAGUGUUCUCUACUGUACUUUCUUCCUGCCAUGUAUCAUUCAGUUUAUUUUUUGAUGUUCAUGUCAUAGUAGUGGGGUCAAGUGAGACUAGACUGAGCAGUUUUAACACGGCCAAAAGGUCAAGACAGUGCAUGUCGCAUUUGCAUGGAGGAAGUCGAAUCUGUUUCCGUUUGUCUUUUUUCAUUUUCAAUGUAGGGUAAAUGAAGUACGGAGACACAUGGGUAACAUGUUCUACAUCAGAUUAGUUGCGCUAACAUUAUGUAGUAAACAAACAUGGAAGAGAUAAGUCGCUUAUGCUUUCCUCAAUAUUGAUAUUUUCACUGGUUUGUGUUUGUUCUCUACUGUUUAUACAGCCUUGCCCUCCACUGUGCUCGUCCUCUCCCACACGGUUAAGAUCAGUACAGCACUGGCUACCAUCAACACAAUUUAUUGACUUGUCUUUUGUUAUUGUUUAAAGCUGUCAGUAUGCCAUCCUCGUCCUCCGGGUUACGGGAUGAGGCAUGAGAUUAGUAGUAAACUGAACCACUGUUGAAAACCUGAAAGGAGCUUCUCACUGGUGCUCAUCUCAUGUCAUCCCACCAGUAGCUUUGUUUAAAGGAAUAAAUGGACUGAAAAAACAUGGUCCAUAUUUGGAAGCUGCUGGUGAGCCAGGAAAGUCCAGUAGAUUAGAGGAGAAGGGGUUUUGGCAGGCUGUGAAUAGAGCGCUGUAUUUCUCCCAGGGAGAGGCCAUCAUGGAACUUAACGGCCCAUGAGAGGAGAUGUGACUCAAAUCUAGGAUGUUGGGAGGAGUGUAACCGGGUCGGCAGCGAAGGAAGGGAGAUUUGUCAGAAUACUAGGGAAUGCCCAAUUUUUCAUAGCCUCGUUCAACUCACCCUCUUUGCAAGAUGGUGCCACACUCGUACUCAGCUACGCUAUAGUACAGUAUGUGCCCAUAUACCUCGCCUGAAGGGGAUUGUGAUCUAUCACUGUAAUGGGAUCUUUGAGAUUCAUACACCAUUUAAUUGACAGUGUUGCAGGCAGCAUCCCUCCCUCCUGUUCUAGAAUGUCCCAGUACCAACCAGUGCAUUCAGAAGACUGAAUGUCUUUCUGCUCCCGGCCUCCUCUUUUUAAUUAAUGCACUCCUCUUUUCCUUUUAAUCUCUUUAUGUGCCUGAACCCACAGAAGUUGUACUGAUAGUUCGAUUUUCUAUUAUUCUUAUGAUGGUAAGAUAAAAAUGUCAAAUAGCUGAUGUUAACCGAUACAAAGGUGCCAGAUGUUGUUAUUUCGUAAUCCACGGAUAGUGCUCCUUUAAAAACAACCAUGUUUACUUAAUAUGUUCUAAUGUUUUCGUUUUUAACGGUUCUUAUAUUUGGUGUCAUUCUGUACGUAGUGGCCUGAGGCUGAACACUAUUCAUCUGAGCUUGAAAGUAGACAUGGAGUAAUGUAUAUCUAUCUAGUAGUGCAGUGUUAAUGUGUAAGGGAUGGGACACACACUGGUCCCAGUGCACCACUCCUUGGGUCUCAGACCUGGAGUGCUGGUAAUGGCCCUUCGUUUUGCACGGUCUGGUUUUCAUUAAGGCAAAGCAGUCUGGCAGCUGUUUUUCUACCUUCACUCGCAUGUCAGCGAGAUCCUGGCCUAAAAGUCGCUGUUCUGCAGUGUUUCGACUUUUCCUCUCCAUGACUCAACACAGAGCAACACACUCACACUGUGACAGACGCACUCACUCACACUGUGACAGACGCACUCACUCACACUCUGACAGACACACUGACUCACACUGUGACAGACGCACUCACUCACACUGUGACAGACGCACUCACUCACACUCUGACAGACACACUCACUCACACUCUGACAGACACACUCACUCACACUCUGACAGACGCACUCACUCACACUCUGACAGACACACUCACUCACACUCUGACAGACACACUCACUCACACUGUGACAGACACACUCACUCACACUGUGACAGACACUCACUCACACUGUUAGACACACGCACUCGCACGCAUGCACUCACAGAACAAGGGGUGUCUGUAUGUCCUUCCAGCACUGUGCUGUGUCUUGGACCCUUGGUUUUCCUGGCUGUGUUAAGGUCUCAUAGGAAGCCCUUAGAAGGUAGAGUCUCUUUCAGGGUAGUAAUGGUAUCUGUGUAUAAGGAAUCUAUAGCAGGGAAAUUAAAGUUUGACACUUCAGUGUGACCGCCUACAGGGAAUGAGAUUAGACGGGGAUGGGAGGGAGGUCUGCUUGUUAGUGUUCAAUCACUCAGGUGAAAGAGUCAUUCCAGUCAGGGUUUGGAUGAUCUAAUGCAGCCAGAUGAAUUGUGUAUAUGCAUACAGUACCAGUCAAAAGUUUGGAGACACCUACUCAUUCAAGGGUUUUUCUUUAUUUGUACUAUUUUCUACAUUGUAGAAUAAUAGUGAAGACAACACAACUAUAAAUAACACAUAUGGAAUCAUGUAGUAACCAAAAAAGUGUUAAACGAAUCAAAAUAUAUUUUAUAUUUGAGAUUCUUCAAAGUAGCCACCCUUUGCCUUCGUGAAAGUUUUGCACACACUUGGCAUUCUCUCAACCAGCUUCACCUGGAAUGCUUUUCCAACAGUCUUGAAGGAGUUCCCACAUAUGCUGAGCACUUGUUGGCUGAUUUUCCCUUACUCUGCGGUUCAACUCAUCCCAAACCAUCUCAAUUGGGAAGAGGUCGGGUGAUUGUGGAGGCCAGGUCAUCUGAUGCAGCACUCCAUCACUCUCCUUAUUGGUCAAAUAGUCUUUACACAGCCUGGAGGUGGGUUGGGUCAUUGUCCUGUUGAAAAACAAAUGAUAGCCCCACUAUGUGCAAACCAGAUGGGAUGGCAUGUCACUGCAGAAUGCUGUGGUACCAAUGUUUGUUAAGUGUGCCUUGAAUUCUAAAUAAAUCACAGUGAUUUAGCAAAUCCAGCAAAGCACCAUCACCCCACCUCUUCCAUACUUCACAGUGGGAACCACAUAUGCGGAGAUCAUCCGUUCACCUACUCUGCGUCUCACAAAGACAUGGCAGUUGGAACCAAAAAUUGCAAAUGUAUACUCAUCAGACCAAAGGACAGAUAUCCACCAGUCUAAUGUUCAUUGCUCGUGUUUCUUGGCCCAAGCAAGUCUCUUCUUAUUAUUGUUGUCCUUUAGUAGUGGUUUCUUUUCAGCAAUUUGACAAUGAAGGCCUGAUUCACGCUGUCUCCUCUGAACAGUUGAUGUUGAGAUGUAUCUGUUACUUGAACUCUGUGAAGCAUUUAUUUGGGCUGCAAUUUAUGAGGCUGGUAACUCUAAUGAACUUAUCCUCUGCAGCAGAGGUAACUCUGGGUCUUCAUUUCAUGUGGCCCCCAUGAGUCAGUUUCAUCAUAUCACUUGAUGGUUUUUGCGACUGCACUCAAAGAAAAGUUCUUGAAAUUUUCCAGAUUUAUUGACAUUCAUGUCUUAAAGUAAUGAUGUACUGUCGUUUCUCUUUGCUUAUUUGAGCUGUUCUUGCCAUAAUAUGGACUUGGUCUUUUACCAAAUAGGCCUAUCUUCUGUAUACCAACCCCUACCUUGUCACAACACAACUGAUUGGCUCAAAAGCAUUAAAAUGGAAAUAAAUUCCACAAAUGAACUUUUAACAAGGCACACCUGUUAAUUGAAAUGCAUUCCAGGUGACUACUUCGUGAGGCUGGUUGAGAGAAUGCCAAGAGUGUGCAAAGCUGUCAUCAAGGCAAAUAGUGGCUACUUUGAAGAAUCUCAAAUAUAACAUAUUUUGAUUUGUUUAACACUUUUUUGGUUACUACAUGAUUCCAUAUGUGUUAUUUCAUAAUUUUGAUGCCUUCACUAAUAUUCUACAAUGUAGGAAAUUGUAAAAAUGAAGAAAAAUCCUUGAAUGAGUAGGUGUGUCCAAACUGUACUGUCUGGCACGUAAGAUUAAGGCUGGGACAAGUCUCCGCCCUCACAUGUGAAGAGUAGGCUACAUGGCUAAGCAAAAACUCUCUUUAUUUUCUCUUUGCCUCUUCACUUUUAUAUCAUUCUCAUUGAGAUAUUACGGUCAUCAUUAUUCAGAUUUAGGUUAUUGUUGUGAUUAUUUUUGUCAUUAUUAUUUUACUGUGAUGACUAACAAUAUUUAAGAUUUUAGAUUCUCCAGUUGUUCUUCUCAUCCCAUGGAAAACCCUGGCCAAUGUAUUGGUAUUUUUUCAGCGUGAGUCUCUUGCUUGCUUGGUGUUGGACUGCAUUUCUCUCAAACGGAGGGGGACGCAGGGUUAACAUGAUUCAUACCUCUAUUCCCAUAGACUGGAGGGUGGAGCAAGGGGCCUGCCAAAGCACAAAUAAGAUCUGUCAGCCAGGAGCGCAUGAGUUCUCCUGAGACUCAAAGUAUGUCUGCUCUUUUCUACGCCGCUAUUUCUCUCUCCCUCUUUCUCUCUCUCUGUGUGUCUCUCCCUCUUUCUCUCUCCCUCUCUCUCUGUGUCUCUCUCUCCCUCUUUCUCUCUCCCUCUCUCUCUGUGUCUCUCUCUCGCUCGCUCUCUCUCUCUCUCUCUUCCAUUGUUGCCCUCUGUUGCCUUGACUACGAGGCCCUUGAGUCACCCUAGGCCCCGAUUUUUGUUUGUCAUGGCAACGCUUGUAAGAUUGGAAUUUGCCCAUAGCAACCCCUCCGGACCUGGUGCUACUAGAAGAGCAUGGUGUCUGUGGCAGACUAGCUGUAUGGAAGCCAUAAACUCUGUAGAACUCUUUCCACACACACGUUUUCUUCCCAACCCUGCUUUUCUAAAAAUGAACUGCUGCUGCAGAAUCACACUGUUUCAGUGUGUCACCGUCUGUAUAUAAGCUUUUGGUUAGUUGGGUGGGAUCCACAUACCUCUGCUGACCCAGGCUUCGUUGGCCCUUGAAUUGCGUCUUUAAGGGCACCACAAGCUUCACAUCACAGCAUUUACGCAGAGUUCCUCUACAAGGCCACAGAUAUCUACCAGUCACCCAACGCUGUGGUGGAGCACCCAUGCCUAAAGCAUUGACUCAGAUAUUAUUGUGUCCCGACAAUAUACUGUAUACACACAAGCCCCAUAUACACACAAGCCCCAUUUUAUACCUGGUUCUAACUUUUGUCCUGAUCUUGUACACAUUCAGAUUGUGCUCACAUUUGUUGACAGGUGUCUGGAUAUCUUACAAGUGUAGACAGAUCUAGACAGAGAAACCAACCAUUUUGAAAUCAUUGACAGUUGGCAGCAUUGACUGAUUACAUCAAGUUAUCAUGAUUACAUAAAGUAAGGGACCAGGAAAUCUUGUCACAAUGCAGACACAGUGGACAGAUAACAAACACAUUGUAAUACCAUGUGUAGACACAUGUCUGGAGAUGUGGGCACAAUCAGAAUGUAGACGAGAUCAGGACAAAGCACCCAUGUUAGCUCCAGGUAUAAACAGGGCUAUAGACACACACAUGCAAGCAUUCACACAGACACACACAUUCCUUCUUCUUGCUCUGUCAGUUUGGAUGUUUUUACAUGCCACACUAAUAUGUGAUGUAAGCGAAACACAGAUUGAGAGUUUUAGGUUGGAGGUUGAUAAUGCUGUUCAAAUCCCACCCCACACCCCUUUCCUCCCCCUCCACCUAACCCCCUCCGAUUGUGAAAGUGAAACUGUGUGAUGGUGUUUGUCUUGAUGGCUGUGGGGUUUUGAGGAUGCUUGCUCUCUAUGGAAAGUGUCAAAUCCCAUGGAUGGUGAUGUAAAAACAAUAACCAAAAAAAAUAAAGAUCAAAAACAAAA